UAAAUGUACAUUUGUGAUAUUAAUGUCAUAAUUUAUAUACAUUUACCCCCUAUCGUUUGCUUUUUUUAUGUUGUUCGUUUGCGUGAAAGAGAGUUUCGACAAUAAUUCGCCCAUAUCUCUUUCAAGGCCGUUGGCAAGGGAUGACUGGAAGAAAGUGUGGAAGCAAAAGCGCGAUGCUUUCACAAAGAAAAGGAGAGAAAUUGCCAUGUGUAAGAGAGGCUCGGCAACUAAAACAAUCAAGAAAGGGCCAUUGUAUGACCAGUUGACAUUUCUGGUUGAUCAUGGUCUGGGCGGAGGCCCAUCAUGUCAACAUCUAUGUCAAGGCCAGUUUCACCAACCACCACUCAAGAGAUUACUUCUCAGCCAAGCAUGACACCCAGUGUGAGCGAGUCAUCAGGGUCAUCAUCUACCACCGCCCAGCAAAGAACUCCUUCUGGUAAAACUGAAAAAGCAACACUAAACGCAAUAAGCGUACUAGCGUAAAGGGAAAGAAGAAAAAAGAGUUGAAAGUUGACAGUUUGAUCGAGCAUCUUAAACAAUGUUCUGCAUCCAACAUGGAGAGCAUGCAAAAGCUAGCAUCCAAACUUUCAGAAGCAGAAGACGAUGCAAAUAUUUUCACUUUCUUGUCCAAGAGAUCCAUUUACAAUAAUACAUUUCGAAGUACCAUUAAAAUAUUUAACAUCAUCAGUAAUCAGGGAUGCCUGUUGCCAAAUAUGCCUUAUAAGUUGUACAUAUUGUUAUAACAAGUAUAAAAUGUAAACUUUUAGAUUGUUCAUAGCAUAGUCAAAUUCUGUUAUAAAUUAUUAUUCAGUGACAACUGAUGACAACCUUGCAGUAGCAUUACAAUGUCAUAAUUUGUUAUUUAAAUUUCUAGUUGUAUGUUUAUACUGUGUUAAUUACUACAUUUCUGUUUAGAAACCGAAAUAAGGGAAUCACUCCAAUUUUCUGAUUCCCAUGUAAGUGAAACAUGAUCACUGAACUUUGUAAAUAUUUCUGUCAGUAAUCCUGUUGAAAUUAAGAGAAAAAAUGGGAAAUCUGAAUAUUUAUUUUAUCAGCAAAGUAAAUUGAUUUGUAUCAAUAUUUAUUAGGGAGAGAGUUCUCACAAGGGAUAUACAUGUGACAGACAUUGCAUGUCUUGUUAGUAAAUAUAUAUUUUUUGUCAUUAUCUUUUUAAAAAUAUUGUAUUUAAUUAAAAUGUUUUGUUGAAAUCAA